CCCGCGCCGCGCCCCGCUGAGUGGUCGCCGGUCGCUGCCGCCCCGCGCCCCCCGCGCCCCGGCUCUCGGGCUCCGGGGGCAGGAGCCGAGGGGAACCCCGCGCCGGCGCCAAGCCUAAAAUGGCCACGCUGCUCCGCAAAAUCGGGCUCAUCCGCCUGCACAACCGGGACACCGAGGACCCCAAGCAUCACCACAACCACCGCGGCGGCGGCGGCGGCCAGCAGAGCGCGUCGCUGCGCGGCAAGGGCGGCGCCAAGAGCGGCGGCCACAAGCCGCAGCAGCAGCAUCCCGCCGGGGGCGCGGGCGACACCAGCCCCGGACCCGGCAAGGGCAAGGGCAAGCGCGCGGCGGAGCUGGCCCAGCGCGACAAGCCGCCGCAGCCGGCGGCGGGGGCGGCGAGCGGCGGGGGCCCCCGGGAGCGCGCGGCGGGCGCCAGGGCGGGGCCGGGCCCGGCGGCGGCGGCGGCGGCGGCGGCGGGCGGCAGCCUGGUUCCCGCGGCGCGCCAGCAGCACUGCACGCAGGUGCGCAGCCGGCGGCUCAUGAAGGAGCUGCAGGACAUCGCGCGCCUCAGCGACCGCUUCAUCUCCGUGGAGCUGGUGGACGAGAGCCUCUUCGACUGGAACGUGAAGCUGCACCAGGUGGACAAGGACUCGGUGCUGUGGCAGGACAUGAAGGAGACCAACACCGAGUUCAUCCUGCUCAACCUCACCUUCCCCGACAACUUCCCCUUCUCGCCGCCCUUCAUGCGGGUGCUCAGCCCGCGCCUGGAGAACGGCUACGUGCUGGACGGCGGCGCCAUCUGCAUGGAGCUGCUCACGCCGCGCGGCUGGUCCAGCGCCUACACCGUGGAGGCCGUCAUGCGCCAGUUCGCCGCCAGCCUGGUCAAGGGCCAGGGGCGGAUCUGUAGAAAAGCGGGCAAAUCAAAAAAGUCCUUCAGUCGCAAGGAAGCCGAAGCUACCUUUAAGAGUUUGGUGAAGACUCAUGAAAAGUACGGCUGGGUCACCCCGCCCGUCUCUGACGGCUGAUGUUUGCAACGUGGGAUAGACGCUUCAGCCGCCUCUGCACACACACAGAUACCCGACAUCUCCUCCUCCACGCUGAGCAUCCUUCAUCCUUUUUCACUCCAGCCGGAACUGAAUCCUGAAUGCCAAGGAGACUUUUAAGUUAUUUAUGACCAGAUGUGUUUACAGAGAGAAAGAGGGAGCCAACGCUGUUUGGCAUUAGGUUUCAAUUAUAAAUGAAUGAUCAUCUCUAAGUCACUUUAGAACAAACGUCAAGAUGGUGACAUUCCCCAGCCCGCCUGCCCCUCCGCCCGCCCCAUCCCUUUGGCCCUUAGCUUCUUUCCAUGACAGCAACUCCAAAGAGCAGGCAGGAAACUCAGUGCCCUAUUCUGGACCCGUUUACAUGUAAAAGGCGCCGUUCAUAUGUAACAGGAACGCCCUGCAUCACCAGUACAUGUUUGCUGUGCUCUGUAUCUCUGUUUCUCUCCCUGGCAGGUCAACAUAACUUGAAGACGUGUCUUCCUGUGGCCCCAUGUCAUGACAUGUAGACCUCAUGUGUGCUAUGACCUUUGGCUCAUGAAAACAAAAAUUUAAUAUUGCCAGGUUCUAGUGAUUUAAAACAGCAACUGACCACUUGGUUAAACCGUGCUCCCAAUGCCGACGCUGCAGUGUGUGUGUGUGUUGUCCACAGCUCAGCCCGUGCCCGUGGGUGAAGCCGGGUGUGCCGUGGCCAUGAUGGGGCACACACGGUGCAGAUGCCAGGGGCGCCCUCCCUGGGGCUCAGAGCAACGGUGGUGAGAUGCGGACAGUCUCUUCCAAUAUCCUGAGAUGCUCCUACGACAUUUGUGUUCCUGUCUUCUCUCUUCUGGUCAACCCACCACCAAAAGCAAAAGACAAUGUCCCAUUCACUGAAGUCACCUUACUCACUUUCUUCUGUGUGCUCGUGACAGGGAAUGCCAGAACUGCCAAAGGAGACCCAGUGACCGUACGAUGAUUUGCAUGGCCCAGUAGUCACUUGUGUGUCCCCGAGGCUGGGAUGCGUGAGCACCCUUGCUAGGAUAUAAAUUUCUGUUAUUUAACUCCCCACAAUUUCAUUUUUCUCUUCUGUUGAGUUACUUAGAACUUUCUAAGAAAAACCAUGAAAUGAGGAAACACUGUUUAUAAUAAUAUGCGGAAAGAGGUUAAAAUGUUCAUUCCAAGUGGAAAAAUCUUAUUGGACACAUUUUAAAUAAAAUCAUGCAUACCUGAA